CCCCGCCGCCCGGCAGCCAAAGGCUCGGCGCUUCUCCGAGUCUCCACAUCGUCUCUCCUCCGUCCCUCAGUCACCCUCCGGAGUCGCUGCCCCCGCCAGCGAUGGAAAUCGACCCGGCGCAUUACCCCGCAAGGCGGGCGGGCAAUGUGAUCGCGAGCUACAUCAACUACCAUCAGGGGACCCCGCACAAGGUGUACCUGGGUGGGGAGGUCUUACAGGCCAGCCUGGAGGACAUCCCGGGAAGUGGCCAUAAGUACCGCCUGAAACUUUUUUUGCACGAAAUCGUCAAGAAUGAAACAGUGUGCUGCCAAGCACAAAUAUUUUACCCCACAGCUGGACAGAGCACUGUACCCGAAGUGGAAUUCACGAUUGAAGGGGACGCUGGUAAAAAUACAGAUGAGGAAGACAAUAAAUUUUAUGAGAGGCUCAAAUCCAUGAAGAAACCAUUGGAAGCAAAGAACAUUCCAGACAAUAAGGGGUACAUCGCUCCGGAAAUGAAGCCAGUUCGACACCUAGCCUUGGUGGCCUGUGGUUACAUAAUAUGGCAGGAGUCCACUGAAAAAACAAACUAUAACUUGGCAUUUUUACAAAAUGUCAAGCAAGUGAUAAGACAGGAUGAUUUUAUCGAAUUUGACUAUACCUUCCUACUUCAUAACUUUGUAUCAUCACAGGAAAUGGAUCCCUGCCAAAUGCAAGUCCUCUGGCAUCCCCAAUAUGGAGUUAAAGUAAAAAACUAUACGCACCAAACCAAGGUGUGCCGUCACUGAAAUGAGCAGGAACACGCAGUCACCUGUCCUGCUUGUGUCCUUCAUCCUUCUACAGAGCUUGGGAACCAAAUUCUGCCCAAGAUGUAUCAGUGUCCAGACUGCUGUGUACUAUUUGUAUAGAUUCCAUAAUAAACCACUCCAACCCA